AUGGACAUCAGCAGGAUUGUGGUUCUAGGAGCCGGAGUUUCCGGGCUGACCACUGCACUGCUUCUAUCAAAGAAUCCUUCGAACAAGAUAACUGUUACCGCGAAGCAUAUGCCGGGGGAUUAUGACAUUGAAUAUUGUUCACCAUGGGCUGGUGCCAACUAUUUCCCAGUCGGUGCGGAAGAUAGUGCUGUUGGUAAAUGGGAGAGAGAAACCUGGCCAUAUUUACAGGAUUUGGCGCAAAACUUCCCGGAGGCUGGAAUUCAGUUCCAAGAUACCGUUGUAUAUAAUCGACUCAAAGACAAGGAAUCGAUAACAGGAAGGUGGUUUGCAGAGCUUACAAAGCCGGAACCUUGGUAUCGGAGCGUUGUGCCAAACGUCCCGAAGUAUGAACUUAAAGAUUCCAUCGACAGCGCCAAUCGAUUCACGUCUGUAUGCAUCAACACUGCAGUUUACCUGCCAUGGCUGGUAGGCCAGUGCCGGAAGAAUGGAGUGGAAUUCAAGAGAGCGAUAUUUACGCACGUUACAGACGCUGCCGAUAGCCAUAUGUCUGGUAAAAGAGCUGAUAUAGUCAUCAAUUGCACCGGGUUAUCUUCUAGAACAUUAGGGGGAGUGUGGGAUAGCACACUGUCGCCUGCCAGAGGCCAGAUCGUUGUGGUGCAAAAUGAUCCAGGCAAUAUGCAAACCAUCUCCGGCACGGAUGAUGCAGACGAUGAGAUCACUUACCUUAUGGCGCGUGCUUCUGGGGGUGGUACCAUUCUAGGGGGUUCUUUACAGAAAAAUAACUGGGACCCAUUGCCAGACCCUAACUUGGCAAUCCGAAUCAUGAAACGCUGUGUUGAAUUAUGUCCCAACUUGGUUGAAAAAGGGCAAGGGAUUGAGGGUCUCAACAUUAUUCGACAUAGCGUGGGCUUGCGGCCGCUACGCCACGACGGACCUCGUGUUGAAAAAGAGAAGAUCAACGAAGUCUUGGUUGUGCACAACUACGGCCAUGGAGGAUAUGGGUAUCAGACAUCGUACGGAUGUGCCACGGAUGUAAUGCGGAUAGUUGAGCUGGUUUUGCAGCACAACGAGAAAGCAAAAUUGUGA